AAGACAACUUUCCUAAUUUACAUUCUUAGUUUUUAAGCCUAGUUACAGAGCCUAAGCCACACUACUUUGCAUUUGGCAAAGAGCCAAGAACUGGUAAUUAAAAGAAGAAGAAAUGGAUGGGUUUGCUGGUGAGGCUGAGGUCACACGGCGCAGUGCCAAUCAUUAUCCUACUAUCUGGGGAGACCAUUUUCUUGCCUAUGCUGAUCUCUUGGUAGCAAAUGAAUGGGAAGAGAAGGAGCACGAGGACCUAAAAGAAGAAGUGAGAAAAAUGCUAAAGAUGGCUCCUUCCAAAUCUUUGCAAAAGCUUGACAUAAUCAACAAAAUCCAAUUGCUUGGAUUGGCGUACCAUUUUGAACAUGAGAUUGAGGAAUCAUUGGCUUACAUUUAUACUAGUUAUGAAAAAUGGAUUGGCCAAGUUGAUGAAAGUGACCUUCAUGCUGUUGCUCUAAGCUUUCGAUUACUUAGGCAACAUGGUUAUUAUGUUUCAUCUGGUAGUAAUCUUCCUCCUACUUGACAUUAUGCAAUGAGUUUAAGUUGUCAGUGCAAAAAAGAUAUUAACACAAUCAGAUCACUUAUAAGAUAGCUAUAACUGGUAAAUUUGUAGAAUGAAUAUUUAUUGCUAAUUUAAAAUUAAUGAUAACCAAUCUACUAUAAUAGGUUUAGCUACAAUGAU